GUAGUGGCUUAGCAUCCCCCUUUCUCUACUACACAUUUAGCCCAUCCAGGUACCUGACAUCAUCCAUCAAUUUCUUUUCUUGCAGUUCAAGAUCCAAGCCUGUGAAUUUUCUCCUUGCAAAUAGAGAGAAAGAGAGGGAGGAAGAGAGCAUCGUUGUCAUUUUCAUGUUUCUACGUGCUAGUGGUGACAAGAAAUUUGAUGCCAUGAUGAAGGGAAUUCAAUAGCGAAUUUGCAUUGGGUGGUCAUUCAUCACUAAUCACUAAUCACUAAUCACUAAUCGAUUGGAGAGAGAAAUGAAGUUCUGAUUUGUCUUCUGUAUAUUGAGGUUACAGUGGAAGAGGGAGAUUUUGUAUUUUUAUUACUGGUUGCAAAAGAUGGCAAGGGGAAGAGGUGACGGGGAACAGAAGAAGCGGCUGGUAACUUGGAUAGUGGUAUUGGCUAUUGUUUGCGGUUGUCUUUACAUGUAUUCUCGAAAAGGUGGAACAUCUGCUCUUGAAUAUGGCAGUAAAUCUCUAAGGAAGUUAGGUUCUUCUUAUUUGGGUGGGGAGGACAACGGUGAUGAAGCUUCAAACAAAUUCGGUGAAGAUCUACAGGAUGGCGUUAUGCUUAAAAGCAUUCCUGUUUGUGAUGAUGGGCAAUCGGAGCUGAUUCCUUGUCUAGAUAGAAACCUUAUAUACCAGACAAGAUUGAAGCUGGAUUUGUCUUUGAUGGAGCACUAUGAAAGACAUUGCCCAGCUUCAGAAAGGCACUUCAAUUGCUUGAUUCCUCCUCCACCAGGUUACAAGGUCCCGAUCAAGUGGCCCAAAAGCAGAGAUGUGGUGUGGAAAGAAAAUAUACCUCACACCCACCUCGCAAGUGAAAAGUCUGAUCAGAACUGGAUGGUUGUCAAAGGUGACAAGAUUGAAUUUCCUGGAGGUGGCACACACUUCCAUUACGGGGCUGAUAAGUAUAUAGCUGCAAUUGCAAAUAUGCUGAACUUUCCAAAAAACAUUUUAAACAAUGGAGGAAGACUCCGGACAGUCCUUGAUGUUGGUUGUGGAGUUGCGAGUUUUGGUGGAUAUCUUCUUUCUUCUAAUAUCAUUGCAAUGUCAUUGGCACCAAAUGAUGUUCAUCAAAACCAGAUCCAGUUUGCCUUGGAAAGAGGAAUCCCUGCAUACCUUGGUGUUUUAGGGACAAAGAGACUUCCUUACCCAAGCAGAUCUUUUGAACUUGCACAUUGUUCUCGUUGUAGGAUUGAUUGGCUUCAAAGAAAUGGAAUCCUUCUUCUUGAGCUAGAUAGGUUGCUUAGACCUGGAGGCUACUUUGCAUACUCAUCCCCUGAAGCCUAUGCACAAGAUGAAGAGGAUCUGAGAAUCUGGAAAGAAAUGAGUGCCCUUGUCGAACAGAUGUGUUGGAAGAUAGCUGUGAAAAGGAAUCAAACAGUUAUCUGGGUCAAGCCUCUGACAAAUGACUGUUACAUGGAAAGAGAACCCGGUACCCAGCCUCCUCUCUGCAAAUCUGAUGACGACCCAGAUGCAGUAUGGGGUGUGCCAAUGGAAGCUUGCAUCACUCCUUACUCUGACCAUAAUCAUAAAGAAAGAGGGAGUGGAUUAGCUCCUUGGCCUGCUCGGUUGACUGCUCUACCUCCCCGUCUCGCUGACUUUGGCUAUUCUAAUGAAAUGUUUGAAAAGGACAUGGAGGUUUGGCAGCAGAGAGUAGAGAAUUAUUGGAAUCUUUUAAGCCCGAAGAUUAGGCCUGAUACACUGAGGAAUGUGAUGGAUAUGAAGGCAAACCUAGGGUCAUUUGCAGCUGCUCUGAAGAGCAAAGAUGUCUGGGUUAUGAAUGUCGUGCCUGAAGACGGACCCAACACUCUCAAAAUAAUAUAUGACAGAGGCCUGAUAGGCACUGUGCACAGCUGGUGCGAAUCCUUUUCGACCUAUCCACGGACUUAUGAUCUACUCCAUGCUUGGAUGGUUUUCUCCGACAUUGAAAAGAAAGGUUGCAGUGCUGUGGAUCUGUUAAUUGAGAUGGACCGCAUCCUGAGACCGACAGGCUUCAUCAUUAUCCGAGAUAAACGACCAGUGGUGGAGUUCGUAAAGAAACAUUUAUCAGCACUACAUUGGGAAGCAGUGGCAACAGCUGAGGCUGAGGGGGAGUCUGAGCAAGAUGAGGAUGAUAUGGUAUUCGUCAUUCAAAAGAAGCUGUGGCUAACAUGGGAGAGUUUCAGGGAAACAGAGUAAAACAGCUAACCUUGUCAUCCAGAGUCUUGGCCUUUCACCUGAAACAACCACUGCGUUGCAGGGCUUAAGGUGCCCAAGCAGAGCAGGUAGUUUAUAUGAUUUUGUAGCAUUUGAUGAUCAUUUAUUUAGUUCAUUUGUUACAAGCCAUUUGUAUUGUAUUUUUAUUCUUCGUCAACUCAAAAGUCAAAACUGCUGUAAUUUUAUUUUAUUUUUGGUUUUUUUCAACCAUGGACUACAGUAGGAAAUAAAGAAAUAGCACGUUAAAAGAAA